AUGUACAACGCCUUUGCCAGUCCUGCCAUUGCACGCCCAGAUGAAACGCCUGAUACAAUCGUCGAUGUGACCACUAUUGACGGGUUCCUUGCUUUCGUCAGAUUCUCCGAAGAGGUAGAUGGCCACUUCCAGACGCCGCCACAGGAAGCAUGGGAAGUUCCCGUCACGGCAUACUUAGCCAUGGGUUCCAGUUAUUCCCUCGAGAAAAGCCGCCAGCAGCAAUCGGAACAGCAGCAAUGGGAUCGACUACGCCGCUUCAAACACGAGACAGACGAGUUAUACGCCACGAUACGAAAGCAUUCCAGCCCCCCCGGUUCGGGCUUUCUGCGAAGAUGGCUAGGACUACACGAUAGUCCCUCGGAGCUCCGCAACCGCGGAUUGCUCGCACUCAGGGGCAUAUACUAUAACAAGCUGCCUAGUUGUUCCCUUGGGGCAUUCGCUGCCAUGGUCGUCCAACACUGCAUCCGCGAGACACUCUGCCUGCCCAGCCCUGAUGAAACAGCCCUAGGUGCAUGGAGGGAUAAUCUGCUGAACAAGCCAGAGCAAGAGCAACUUCGUCAUCUCUUCGGCCAGCUCUUCCCGAAAGACAACUCUGCCAGACUAGGAAUUGGGAGGGAUCAGUCAUUCUCCGGUGUUCAAGAAAACUACAUCGAAGUGGGCGGGCAGUUCAAUAGCGAUACGACAUCAACACUGUCAUCAACGAACCAUUUCUUCCACGAGGAUGCUAUCUCCAUACAGCCGCCAUUCCCUAGUACAAAUACCGAUUCAAUGUGGCGAACGCGUGUAGCAUACAACACACAGCAAAGGACUAAUCAAUAUUACUCACCAAUGUUCGAUCCCGCGCUCAAUGUUUUCGGUGGCGCAUCGCCCUACAUGGGCCAGUCCUUCGAUCCGUCAUCCCUUGCUCUCCAAUGCGUACCUGGUCCUUCGUCAGGUUACCCUGCACCCAUCCAUCCGGUUCAUCCAAUGUACCCACACCCUCUUUCAACACCUAUCCCCCCUGACAGCCAACAACGACAUACGGCCCACAGUGACCAACGAACACCUAACCUUGCUGCCAAGCUGAGAAGAUCGCCACCAUUCCAGCUCUUCACAUGCUUCGUUAAAGAAUUCUCUCAGACCGAGCUGCUGUCAAUCGACAAAGUCACCACACCAACUGACGAUACCUACAGAGCAUUUACUGAUGAUGUUUCGACACACGAUCAAACGGAGUUCGUGGGAGACAUCAAGCUCCAUCUCUUCACACCUUUGAUGUCCACAUCGCAGUCUGUGACCAAAGACCCCACUGCGAAAGGCAUUAUCGCAGCUGCGGAGCUCAUGUUCUCACUCGGAAACCUUCAUUGUCUUAGACAGCUGGAAGACUAUCUAAUCUUACUCGGUCAACGACUUCUACAACCAAAAGAGACAUUCGAGACAUUUGCAAGGCUUGUCGUUGAGACAUGCGUAAAGAGUGCGCCCAGGCCGGGAAUACGACAGUUCUGCUACCCCGAGGCCACCGUUCACGUGGAUCUCCAAUACACCGACCGAUAUCUAGAGGCUCAACUUAACAAGUUGUCAAUCACAGAAGGCAGUCGAUACGCCCCCCAAGACAUGGACAAUUACCUACCGCCUCACAGCCUCCGAGUACCAUCGACGCGCGGGACUACAUCGCACCAUAGUGGCUCACAGGAGACUUCGGGCUUGGAUGAGGAUGAAGCACACACUCCCACCACCUUUUCGCAAGACACCGACCCAAGCUCGAAGCGCUGCCCCUACUGCUCGAAUGUAUACAGAGGCCAAUAUGCAAACACGUCACUCUCGCGCCACAAGCGGACCAGCCACACCAACACUUUAUACAACUGCCCAUACUGCCUCAAACACGACAAGCGCAGCGAUAACCUCGGCCAUCACAUCAAGACGCAGCACCCCGGCAUGAUGAUCCCCAAGCUGGGCAAGAAAGGGAGGGAGAGACCCGGGACGCAUACAUCUUCGUCGUGA